AAUGUGUCAAUUUGUUUUAUUUUGUUGAUUUUCUUUUUCAACAAACUUUUACUGUUUGAAUUCGUAAAUAUUAUUUUUACACGUGUAUAUUAAAGAAAGCCCUUCGAAAAGAAUUGCUUAUGUUAUUCUAAUUAUUUGGGCAGUCAUAAGAUGAAUUCAACGAUUUUUGACGAUUUGGACAGUGAACAUUAUGCGUUGGAAACUGCAAAGUGUUUAGGAAAUAUUUUCGCGAAUUCUCAAAAGGUAUCUGCGCUACACAAAGAGUUGUCGGAGAUUAAUUUAUCCUUAGAGGCGUAUAUAACAGAGAGUGAGAGCCGACUUAAAGCACUGCGCUUAAGUUUAGCUAAUAGAGCGGAAACUUUACAUCAAGUCGUGGAAAUCUUUAGUGAUAAAUAAAAUGACAAGCUUACCACACACACCUGCAAAAAGAAAAUGCCACAGAACCAUAAACAAUUCAAUCAGGGAGACCAACAACAAUUCUAAAUCACAGUUCAACAAACAACAGUCGGCCAGAAACUUUGCUAUAUGGUACAAGCGCAUGAUUGACAAUGACCGUCAAAACCUGACGUUGUAUUUAUCAGAUGAUGUCAUGUUGGAAUGGUUUGACAAGACCAUAAAGACUAGAAAGAAAGUGUCUUUUUUCCUUAAAUAUGAUAUGCAAAGUUCAAGACAUGAAUUCACUACAGUUGAAAGUAUUGAGAAGAUACAUGCAAGAUUUGAGAAUACUCACAGGAAAGAUGAUUCCAUUCUGGCAAAUCCAUUACACUCCCCAGAAAUUGGAAUACCAAGGAGAUGUAAAAGAAAAAUAGACACGGGCGGCAACAGUCCACAAUGGGCAGAAGGUUGUAAGCCUGAUGAUGAUGACAAUGACCUUAUAGCCAAAAAGAGGGUCAAAUCUCACGAUAUUGUCUCUGUAUAUAUAGCACAGAAGUAUGAAAAUAACAUCAGAGAUACUCCUGAAGAAGGCAAUGAAGUCGGCAACAAAGGCGAUGGUGUAUUCAAACGUAAGCGUAAAUUUACAUCUAUAACUCCACCGAAUAUAGAAUGCGGUCAGGGUGAUUGUCUCCCAUCGACUAGUGGUACUUCUAAUUCAGAAGUAUCCCAUGACACGUUGAAUGCUCAACUUCCAAAAUUAGCAGUAGAGUGCAACGGCUAUGUUGGAUUUGAUAGAACAAGGAACAAUCGUAGUACAGAUUCCAUGAAAUGGGAUAGGAAGUGUAAAAUACAGGUCAGUUAUUCUGAAGAUCCUUUGAAUGUGGGAGAGUAUAUUAUAUGGGGUUUACGUUAUAGUGAUGAGAGCAAAUGUAGGAGGAAUUUGCUGGCAGCUUUUGAAGAAGCUGCCAAAGAAUAAUUUGGUUGACAGCUGUUGCAUAUUGGACCUAAUACGGUUAACAAGGGUAAGACCAAAAUUACAUUCAUACUUUAUGUAAAUUGAUAUGCAUCUCCAUACAAAUGUCUAUUAAUUAAACAAUUGCUUCUUUUCAUAUAUUCAGUUUCUUUAAAUUUCUGUAUUUUUUUCAUUACCUGUAUAAAAUGUCAUUUAGGCCCUAACUACAUAAGUUGUAAAGGUCUAAAGGUCGUAGCUCAUUAGACCUACCCGGUACCUGACCCGCACCGCCUCGUCGCUAGGCGUCCAAUUGUCGUCGACAGGUGGACAACGAGUGGACCUCGCGUGGACAACGAAUUCCCGAGAGUCAUCAGGUGAACCACGGGUGGACGCCGCGUUGUCAACUCGUGGUUCACGCGAGGCAAGCAUGUCAACAACGCUAUCAUCAAGUGGUCCACUCCGGUUGGAGCGUGGACACCUUACGAGCGAGGCGAUCCGAUCAUCAUACGAAGUUGAUGUAGUAGUGAGCGUAUGCCCAUACAAAUCCAUACGAAGAAUACUAACCACUCGAGGCGAGGCGGUGUGGAUCGGGUCCCGGGUGGGUCUAAUGAGCUACGGCCUUCAAGGUCCACAAUUGUCGCAAUAUAAUUAUAUCUCUUGUAAAUAAGACGGCAGUGCCGCAAACUUACAGCUUUAAAUGCUGUAUUAUUAAGUUUCUAUUUUUAAUAAAAUAUAAUUAUUAUUUUUAGUCACAUGUACAAUGCUACAUUACGCCUAUAGUUUUAAUUAUGUACUCUAAUUUGACUAUUAUUAGGAAUGAAAUUGUGUAGGUUACAAUUUGUUAUAGGUGGUAUUUACACUUUUUAUGUCACAUGAAUUUAUGACAAUGACUAUUAAGGUAUGUCUCAACCUGUAGUCAACCACUAUUAAAAAAACGCAGGUUACUGCUUUUGCAUAUAUAUAAAACAUGGUUACUUAAAACCUAAUACAUAAUAUUACAAAAUGAAGUUUGCUAGACGUUGUAAGGAAGAGCAGAAGACAGAAUUCCAACUGUAUCUUCUUUUUGCUAAAACAGUUUUUUAGAAAAGCCGUUAGAUUUUUACUCUUUUCUUUUUUCUAAUGUUGUUCACCAUUUUUUAAAUUUUGAGUCACUACUGAAUCUUAUUAUUUUUUCCCGGGUCUCUUAAAAUACUGAGACUAAAAAGCUCUAGUGUGCCAUAGAUGGAGAAAGUAAUAGACACUUGAUUUGCGAUUUCAGUCAAUCUCCUCACUGAUACAAUGUGUUUUUCACGUCACAUUACUGACAUGAAUGACAAUUGUUUUAACUUUUUGGCCUUGCUGGAUUUUAAAAAUGACUCAUGUCUUAACAUGGAAUAUUGAAUUGCCUAUUGUCCUUUCUUUACAGAGAUAUACGUAUGUUGUGCUCUUGUAAAAGGGCAUGUGACUGAAGCUAUCUAUUUGUCUAUUAUUUUCUCUGUCUAUGCACACAAUUUUCUUUUAUUAACUCCCCCAUAAUACUGUUUUAAGGUUAUUAUUUUAAUAUUUUUAUAGGUACUGAGUCUCAAAUUGUGUAUUUUUAUUAGUAUUAUGUUACUUUUCGAUUAGAAAUAAGUUUUUUUGAUGGGGCCAAAUUGUAAAUACAAAAAUUUUUCAUUACAUUUCCAACAUUACACAGAAUAUAAGUUUUAUUAGUAUAGUAUAUAAAAUAUUCUUAAAUAUUACAUGUAAUGCUUUUAAAAGUUUACAUAUAAUUAUCUAAAACCCUACAGUUGUAGGGUUUUAGAUAAUUAUUAAAUUAUUUUUAGCUGCCUCAAACUAUGUCUAUGAAACGAAAGUAGUGAAAAGUAAUUGAAAAUGACAUCAUGUUCUUAUACAUAGAUUGUUGUCUUUAUAGUAUUUAACAGAGAAGUCCCGAGUUCGGAACUAAUUUAAGAUUUUAUAUUUUCAAAGUGAGAGAAUUUGGAGGGAGGUCUUCCUUCUUCUCAUUGAAUAAAAAUAGGGUUCAUUCACAGACAAUACAAAAGCAAAUUGUCAAGACAAAAUAAUUUAGAAUAGAUAUAGCAUAUACAAACUCUUUUUCUGUAUUAUUAUAAUACUACAUUAUACCAGUAACUAAAACUACUAUGUACCACCGAUUAAUUACCGAUUAAAAUACUUUUAAAUUACGUUUAUAUAUAGUAAGGAAUAUAGCUUGCUUCUAUUUUAUGUGUUAUGCAGUGUUUUAUGUAGUUUAUUAAAUUAGUCUUUAAAAUAGGUGCAUAGAAUAGUUUGUUUAGUUUACUAAUGUAAAUGGAGUCACUUAAAAAGAGCGCGCUUCUACGACUAUAGAAUGGAUGUACCUAUAUGACGCCGAGGUUCGAUAGCAAAGAGUCUCACUGGAAACACCCUUAGGCAUAUUUUUUUCACUGAAUUUUAUUACACUCGUCCUAGAGGUACAUUUCAGGCUACAAAUGUAAAGUUUCAUGUUCAUGACUUUACCUACGAUUGAGAUGAUGACUACAUUUGAAUAUACAUAUUAAUUUUUAUGAGAUUUUCGGGAUAGAAGUCAAUAUAUAUUAAUACAUACAAAAACAAAUUUUACGGGAUGUUCUUAAACUACCUCAAUACAUAUACCACAAAUCAAUAUAUUUGUAACUAUGAUUUCUUUACAUACUCACUGAAAAGUGUCUGAAAAUUGCACCUUGAGUUCCUUAAUAGAAAAUUCCUAAGCAUAAAUAUGUAAAUAUUUCGUGCUGUCAAUUAAAAUUAAUAUAUAUACUUAUUAUUAGAGUAGUACAUCUGCUCCUGUAAAUAAUUGUUGGUAACCGUCAACGUUCUUUUUACGUGACACCUAAUAUACCCAUGUGAUAACAAUAAUGUUUGUGAAUUACUUAUCGCCUUUCUGAUGUUUGAACUUGAUAUUUUAUUAUAGAGACUUUAUUGUAAUAUAAACGCGAUUGUAACGUUAGUAAAUAUAUUUCCGGGGACUCUUGGCUUAUUAGUGUAAGAGCCGUCCCACACCUGACAAGUGGCCCACACUUUACGUUGGCGUUGGCCAAGACAUGGCCAAUAGCCUCGAUAGCUCAACGGUAAGAGCGGUCGGACUCAUCACCGAGGGGCGGUGGUUCGAUCCACGCACAGUCUUUUCCGAGUAACUGGAGCGAACAUUGGUCAUAUUUAAAAAGAUAUGGCAAAUAUUCUUUAAAAAAAAACCCACUGGCUAACGUAACCAACGUAGAUGUAGCCUCAUGAAGUGCCUGCUCUUCACGUUGACAAAUGGAAAAGAAUCCUUUGAUUCACUCAGUGGCGCGCACAAGGUUUUUUUAAUAGGGUAGGAAGUAUACAUACAUAACGGACUGUGAUAGCCCAGUGGAUAUGACCUCUGCCUCCGAUUCCGGAGGGUGUGAGUUCGAAUCCGGUCCGGGGCAUGCACCUCCAACUUUUCAGUUGUGUGCAUUUUAAGAAAUUAAAUAUCACGUGUCUCAAUCGGUGAAGGAAAACAUCGUGAGGAAACCUGCAUACCAGAGAAUUAUCUUAAUUCUCUGCGUGUGUGAAGUCUGCACAUCCGCAUUGAGCCAGCGUGGUAGACUAUUGGCCUAACCCCUCUCAUUCUGAGAGGAGACGCGAGCUCAGCAGUGAGCCAAAUAUGGGUUGAUGACGACAAGGAAGUAUACAUAGAAAUUGUAUAAAAUGGAAAAUUUCAAUUCCAUAUAGGUUUGUAAUGAAUGAGUGUUUAGGGUACACAGUGCAUUGUUGCAUCUAGUGGCGUAGUACUCCACACAUUUAAGUGAAGUGUAGCGAUGAUUUCACACGCGCGCAGUAUUUCCCCCCGUCGCCCGCAUAUCAUGGGAGUGUCAUCAAUGAAGUUGCCAGACUAUACAAUUGUACAUUGAAAAAGGCACAAUAAAGUUAUUGGUAGGGUAGAUUUUGGUUAACAUAACAUGAAGGUAGAUGUGUAAGUUUUAUUUUAUGAAUACUGUGACAUUACUUGAAAAGUAAUAUGUUUUUUGUUUUAUUUUUAAAAUGUUUAAGGUUCAAAUAAACUUGUUUAGAAAUAUACAAA